AUGGGUUCGGGUCAGCCCCACGGUAUCCGUACAGCGCGCAAGCUCCGUAAUCGUCGUCGAACGCAAAGAUGGGCGGACAAAAGUUACAAGAAGGCCAACCUUGGCACUCGAUGGAAAUCGAACCCCUUCCAAGGUUCCUCCCAUGCCAAGGGAAUUGUUGUUGAAAAGCUCGGUAUCGAAGCUAAACAGCCAAACUCGGCCAUUCGUAAAUGUGUUCGUGUGCAAUUGAUCAAGAACGGCAAGAAAAUCACUGCAUUCGUUCCUCGUGAUGGCUGUCUCAACUUUAUCGAUGAAAAUGACGAAGUUCUCGUCGCGGGUUUCGGACGCAAGGGUCAUGCAGUUGGCGACAUUCCAGGUGUCCGCUUCAAAGUCGUGAAGGUGGCUGGUGUUGGUCUCUACAGUCUCUUUAGAGAGAAGAAGGAGAAGCCUCGUUCAUAA